UAAAUCGUAUGUACAUUGACACUUGAGUCAGUAGCUGAUUGACCCCUGGGGUGAGGUCAGCUGUCCCCUGGGGCUGUAGUAGUAAGAGCCUUAGUAUGACUGUACAGUAUUGAUCACAUGACAUCACUCCUCACAAAAGCAGUAGUUGUUAGCUCUGCUGUUCCAAAGGAGAUGCUAUCUCCACGGAAACAGAACAAAAAAGCCAACCUGACCUGGAGCUGUCCUCGGCCUGGAUAUGUACUCUCUCUGUGCAGAAUGAUGGUGGACAUUAGCAUGUUUUAAGUGAUGAAGCCUGCUUUUCAAGACAUCACAAUCUAGGAUACAGAAAUCCUUCUGGUAAUAAUCCACCACAAAAAGAGUGAGGAUCUGUAUCAGUAUUGAAGAUUUCUGUGAGCAGUAUACAAAAGCCAUAAACUUAACUUAUAAUUAAACUUUGAAACAGGAAGACAGAUUUGAAAUGGAGUGUUCCUACAUUUUACGCUUGAUUGCCUUCACCACAUCAUUGAUUGUGGACUCCAUUGAUACAAUCAGUGACUGGCUCCUAUACCACGAUGUCGUAGCGGCCAGGGAAGGCUUGGUGUUUGGCCAUUUCGAGGACAGUCUAACUACAACACUGCUGGUUUUCUCCAUCCUGGGCUCAUGUUUGUUUCUGUUUGAAAUCAUCACUUUGGGAGUUAAUCUGUCACGUGAUGACCUUCCCAUACUCCUUUUGGAUGUGGCCGCUCUGCUCGUCAUUUGGUUGGAAGAUGUCCCUCAAAUAAUCAUCAACGUUGUAAUAGUUGCAUGUCGAGAUCAACCAAUCAGUGUAGUACAGAUCAUAAAGGCGAGUAUCUGUAUGUUGGGUGCGCUUAUGAAGCUUGUGAUCGCGAUUGUCCGUUUCUGCUACUGGAAGAGGAAGGAGAAGAUUGGCUCGGAAGGAACUCAGCGGGUCAAUAAGUGGGUGAGAAUCAUCACUAUUCCAGGGAUCUUGUUGAUAAUCGUUGGAUCCAUCAUGGUGUUUUCCUUCACACAGCUCACAUGGGACAAUGCAGAUGGCAGUCUCAAGUUCCAGAAUCCACGCCGCCUUCUGGACGGGGAAUAUAACACAGACAAAUACUUUGACCAGGUCGGUGUAUAUGUUAACAUGGCUUCCAAAGACAGUGGACCAAAUGUCAACAUGGCAAAGGAUGAGUGGAUUCGAUUGGUGGAUAUUGAUGAUUUUGGAGAAAGAAAAAGUGCCAUUGUUACUCAUGUCACAUUUGGUUUAGGGGUUAGUAAGUUUCUCUCAAUACGAAAACCACCAGGUUCCUUAGCAACAGCAAACUUCUCAGAAUGCUACAUUAAAAAUGGUGCAUCGUGGAACUUGCAGAGUUCACUUUCCAAAUGUUCUAUCAUGAACCAACCAACAGUAUCUGCAGUAAUAGAGCUGAGAUACAUUGAACCAGAGGGCCACCUCCUGCUGGGAGAUAUAGAAUACAAUGUAAAGGUAUACCAGGAUACUACCUGUAACAGUGUAAUCAUACCCUCUACAUCACUACCACAGCUAGCCCUACGCUACUUCAAAUCAAGACUAACCAUCUCUUCGGGGCUCCACCACUUGGUGGCGCCACAGUCGUUGACCGAGAGCAAGUUCUAUUCUUCAUCACAUCUACAGCCGAUUACAGAAAUAUGGAAGACAGGUUUCCUAGGCUGUAAAUUCACAGGGAAAUCACAACCGACUUACAACACUGACAUACCUGUACCAUGUUUAUAACAUAUUCAUCUAGAGUAGUUCAAUAGGUCCGCGUAAAAAACAAAACUGUUAAUAACAUUUCAUGGAUUCAUAUGUCAAUGAAUGCCACCUGGAAAUGACAAUUGCUUUAAAGCAUAUUUACCAAGAUUUUAAUCUCCCGUGGAAAAUUAUUUUAUCAAAAUUCAGCAAGUAACUGUAUUGAUCAUAGAUCUGACCAAUCAGAAGGACUUUGUUCAUGUGCUGACAAAAGUUAACCCAUGCUAGGGUCGAUUUUUUUACGUCAGCGUAGUUAGUUUUAGUACUAGAGGAAUGUGUACUAGGUGUUAUGUUCUAUUUAACAUUAGUGAUAGUGUAUCAACAAGUGCUGAUUCAUUACCAUAUAAGGGCAUACUGAACGUAGCCAGUAAUAAUCCAAUGUUCUGUAAAUAAACCCACCAGUUCUCUCUUUGAGGUUGACCUCUGAUAACACAUUUUAUCAUAGAAGUUAAGUUUUGUCGUAUACCAUUUUUCACUUGUUACAAUAAACGCCCCCCAUCGCCUUGGCUUGUCCUUAAGUAACUAACAGUUUUAGUACUGCCCAUGGCUUUAUAGAUAUCAGAUGUUGUUUUACUGAAUCAAUGGUUGUAUACUUUAAUUGAACUAUUUUAUGUAUUGUACUAAUGACUUAUUGUAGUACGUGUGUUAUGAUCUAGUCAUUUCAUAAUAUAAAUAAUACUUUUUAUUUUUUUAUAUCAUUACACAACAAGUUGUGUUUUUAAUCAUUAAUACAUCCCUUCACAUUUGUAUUAAUACUACCCCCUUUUUACAACAAUACUACCCUGUAUAAGUAGACUGUUAUCUAAUAAUGUCUUUACUUCAUCAUUAAAAAUUCAAAACCGCAUUUAAUGUAAACAUUAGAAUCACUAUAUGGCAUUAAACAACGGGCAUAUAAUGUUCUACCCUGUAGUUCUCUUGCAUUUUUUUUUAUAUUAUUAUACAAAGGUUUUUCUUUUAAGAUAAAUACUUCCCCCUUUUUACAACAAUACUACCCUGUAUAAACAGAUGAUAGAAGUGACUGGUAGAGUACAGCUAACUCUCAUUAUCCAAGUCAUCAACUCUGACCCUGACUUCUCCACCAAGAUCUGGAGGAACAGAGAAUGACUAGACCUGGUCGGGAUCAAUGCCUUUGGGUAACCUGGCGUUCCCCAGUCACUUCAAUUCAUCUUCCCUGUAUAAAUAGCCUACAAUUUAAUAAUGUCUUUAUUUCAUCAUUAACAUUUCAAAUCACAUUUUAAUGUAAACAUGUUUUUAUUAUAUAGGUAUCAUUGUUGAUGCGAUUUUUAUCAUUAAUACAAUUUAACAUGAAAACAAAUUAUAGAAAAUUAAAGUUGAAUGAAGACAAUAGCUGUUGUAAACAAUAGAAUUAUACCAAGUUAUA